GUUCCCGUCAGGAACAUUCACUGACGGACCACAAUAUUGCAGUUGUGCAGGGUGGCUGCCAAUGUCAUUCACGUUGUUAUGAAAUAACCGAGUCAAGCAAAUUCGUUGUAGUAUGCGUAUAAAGUUAUAAUAUUAGUGUAAGAAUGGCAGAACAGGAGCCUGACAGUAAAAAUCAGGGAGUGAAACUUUUAGGGAUCCUGGACGUUGGGAAAACUCCUUGUGCAAGAGAAGCUAUUCUCCAUGGUGCUGGAGGAUCUGCCGUUGCAGGACUAGUGCACUUUUUGGCAACUAGCAGAGUGAAGCGCUCAUUCCAUGUUGGCAUGGCUGGAUUCAUGCUCACAACACUGGCUUCAUGGUUCUACUGUCGGUAUAACAAUGCAAGACUGCGGGUACAGCAGAAGACGAUUCAGGAGGGAAUUAAGAAUAAAGUUAUUUACGAGGGGACGAGUCAUGAUCCUACACGAAAAGCAAGAGAUCAGUGAAGUCACAGUUUUUGCUCCUAUGAUUUUGUUCAAUGGUGUUUUGUUCAGUGUCUGAGUAAUGAAUGAAGCUUUGUCUAAGCUGUUAAAAUGUCUGUUUAUAUGAAGUCAAUAUUUUACCCAAGUGAAAAAAAUAUAAUAAUUAGAACACAA